AUGCAUAUACAACAUUCCUCUUUUCUAGGAAAUGCCUCAUUCGGAGAUUUUGAUAUGAUGAUAAUCAUGACAAAUAAUAUAAUGGAUAACCUGGCUGGCGAAACUAAGAAAGAAUACUCCGGAAAGCCUGAAGAAAAGACGACAAUGGCACAACUUAACCAGCUCCAGAAAAUCUGGUUUGAGCUGCAAAUGAGAUUUUAUAGGCUCAAGCGAGCAUGCAUUGAUUCAGAACUAACUGCUCAGAAGUUGACUGGUAGGUUUAAGUUUUUAUGUUCAUCCAAAUCUUAUGAUAAAUUUGUGUAA